GCGGGACAUGCAAUAAAGAUACUUCCUGGUCCUCAACUGCGUUCACCAUCCAUUGCAUGAACGUCGAGGCUCUGAGUUUACUCCACUCUAACGUCAACACACCCGUAAACCUGCCCAGAGGAGGAGUGAGCCGAGGUCCGACCCGAGGUUUAAGAUGGGUUUGUUGACCAUUCUGAAGAAAAUGAAGCACAAGGAACGCGAAAUGAGACUGCUGAUGCUAGGUCUGGACAAUGCAGGAAAGACGACUAUUCUGAAGAAGUUCAACGGCGAAGACAUCACCACUAUUUCUCCAACCCUGGGCUUCAACAUCAAAACACUAGAACACAGAGGGUUCAAAUUGAACAUCUGGGACGUGGGCGGUCAGAAGUCGCUGCGCUCCUAUUGGAGGAACUACUUUGAGAGCACGGACGGCCUGGUGUGGGUGGUGGACAGCGCGGACAGACUCCGACUGGACGACUGCAAACGGGAGUUGAGCUCCCUGCUGCAGGAAGAGAGGUUAGCCGGAGCCACUCUGCUGGUGUUUGCCAACAAACAGGACCUGCCGGGCGCUCUGUCUAAAGAGGCGAUCGGAGAGGCGAUGGGCCUGGACGACAUCAAGACUCACCACUGGUGCAUCAUGGGCUGCAGCGCCGUCACCGGGGAAAACCUGCUGUCCGGCGUGGACUGGCUCCUGGACGACAUCGCCGCCCGGGUCUUCACGGCCGACUGAGGUGGAGGCGAACUCAGUCUGCGUGAUUGGUCCCGGUCGGCUUUGAUGGCCGCGUUUAAGUUGCCGUGUCUUGUUGGGAUAACUGGUGAUGUUUGUUUAAGUGGCCUUUGCUGCCGCCAACUGUUUAACCCAGAGUGGAGACUUGUUUAGACCAGAAAUGGUUGCUUUUAAUAAAUGUAUGCUAAAAUGGGGACCUCAAUUUUUGCUCAACGUUUUACAGCACUCAUUGCAGUUCAUUUGACAUUUCCAAGUAUUGAGUUUCCUAGAUAUCGGUAAUCUUCUUGCUCCAAUUAUCACUUCUAACUUGACUCUUUCCAUCUACAUAAAAGAUAGUAUUUUGUAAAGGUGUACAGAUUUAUAGAAACAAAUAUCUAGUUAUUUAUCCCCCAGCUGCAUGGUCCAGAAUUUACCAAUGAGCUUAACAUCUCUUGCUACCUGUUGCAAAGCGUAGUCCUAACAGGUUGGAACACCAAAUUAAACCAAUAAUAUGCAUAUCCCAUACUGGAAGCCCGCUUUCGAAUUAAACACUUGAAAUAUUUUAAAACGGACCUGCUUACAAGCAGUACUGAAGAUUUAACAUUAUUGGACCAGACAGAAUAAAUGCGUACCAAUCUUUGAGGCAUUAUCACACAACCGCUUUAUUCAGAAUCACUUCAUUUGCAGAGCAGUAUUACAUCAAAUCCACAGACCAAGGGUCAGCCAUUUUGGAGAUGACUCUUCCUCCAGCUGCAGGGACCUGAAGCGAACAAAACCAUGUUAGAAUGGACCAAACACAAGCCGAGCUCAUGCCUUCAUUAAACGGAAGGUUGUAAACCAAUCAGUCAUGAGUUUUAAGACAAGUGCGCUAACAAGUCAGCAUGUGCAUAAUUGAUAGUUAUUUUAGUGUAAGCGACAACUAAACAUACCUGAACUUCCGCAAAUAGUAACAUGCCACUGGAAUCACGAGUAACCUGGAUGGAGCAAAUGUGGUAUGUGGUACACAAUGAUCACGUGUAUUCGCAAUAAACCAGGUGUUUAUUCUGUCGUUAUGGAGGGUCAGAGUGUGUACCAAUCAUUCAUG